AUGAGUAGCACAAAAACUAGUAGUCAUACUGAACAUCGAUCAUCACGUACUUCAAAGGAUGCUCAUCGUGAAAAAGAAAACCAUCGUGAACAUCGCGAAGAAAAACCAUCUACAAGUCAUCAUUCGGCAAUAAGUAAUGGUUCUUCAACAGAUCGAGCUUUUAAAGAUAAACAUCAUCCAUUAUUAAUUGCUAUUUGGAAUACUGAUCGAACACAAACAAAUGUUGAAGAAAAACUUAAAGGUCUUCGUGAUUUAAUUAGAAAAGGCACAAACCCAAGUAUUAAUUGUGAAAUUUUACAUGAACAAACCGGCACACCUAUUGCUCAGGUAUCCCCAUUAAUCAUCGCUUGUUUCGAAGGUGACGUUGAUAUUAUUCGUUUUUUCAUUGAAAAUGGUGCUGAUCCAAACCAAACUGAAAGUGAACAUCAUUUAACACCUAUUCAUGUCUUAUGCGAUGCUGAAUAUCAUGGACAAAGUUUACGCCAAAAAGAUCGUGCUGAUCUAAUUCGUUUAUUAAUUAAACAUGGUGCACAAGUUAACCAUUUGGAUCGAAGUUCAAUGGCAGCUAUUCAUAAAGCUGUUAUUCAUGAUCGACCCGAAUGUGUUGAAGUUUUAAUGGAUGCACAUGCAGAUCCAAAUGUUGCGUUUAUGGGUGAUACACCACUGAGCAUUGCUGCUCGGCAUAAUCGAAGAAAAAUUGUUCAAAUUUUAAUUGAUCAUAAAGAAACAAACGUUAAUCAUCGUAAUGAUCAAGGUGGUACAGCACUUCAUUUUGCUAGUGCUGGUAUUGUUGAUAGUCCUGAAUGCGUAGAUUUACUUUUAAGUCAUGGUGCUAAAGUUAACGCACAAGAUUUAAAAAAUAAUACGGCUGCUAUGGUUGCUUGUUUUUUUAAUAAACCACGUAUUUUGGGAACUCUUAUUCGAGUAGGUGCUGACCUUACUGUUCGAAACAAUGAAGGCAAAGAUGCAUAUGAUGUAGCUGUUGAAAAAGAAUUUGAUGAGUGCAAAGAGACCGUAGCGAAACAACUUGAAAAGAAAGGUAUUAAACCUGGCAGUAAACCAACUCCGGCAACAACCGAUAAAUUAGCAGAAGAUGUUGAUAAACUUAAACUCAAACAUUAA